AUGCUGAUUCUUCGCCGAGCUGUGAGUCUGUUCGAUUGCGUCGCGGCCACGAAGAUAACCAUUGCCAGAGGUAUGAGUGAGGCUGCUAGACCGCCGGUACCCCCGUUCACGCGCGAGACCGCAACCCUGAAAGUGCGAGCUGCCGAAGACGCCUGGAACUCCCGCGAUCCCAAGCGAGAGCGGGAGUCACAGUACCGGCUCAUCAAGGAGCUGUUUGCCUUUGAUGGCAACCGGAUUGCCGUGCGAUUCGCUUACGAGUGGCUCGAUGCUGAGAAACAGCAAUGGUACUGCGCAUACGGCAACGAGAACUGGGUGUUCGACGCUCAGGGCUACAUGGCCAAACGCUUCGCGUGCAUCAAUGACGUCCCGAUCGACGAGAAGGAUCGCCGCUUCCACUGGCCACAGGGUCGUCGGCCUGACGAUCACCCUGGACUUAGCGAGCUUGGGCUCUAG